AUGGAAGCUACACAGACGUACAAGUACAUGGCUCUCAGUGGACCACGAGUCAUUCGGGUCUUGCGUCUCUCAGGAGGCAGCACGGACAAUUUAUUUGCUGAGCUCAUUGAAACAAAACUUGACCAUGCUUGUUCCUACGAAGCGAUCUCUUAUGUCUGGGGCUCGGACAACAAGUCCCAUAUCCUCAAUUUACGAGGAGGAAGCCUCAUCAAGAUUACGGAAUCCCUAUAUCAUGCGCUUAAAGACACACGAUAUUCUGCGAUCGAAGACGGACCUCGACAUAUCUGGGCAGAUGGUGUCUGCAUAAAUCAGGAAGACAUCAACGAGCGAAGUCAGCAAGUGGGUUUGAUGGCUGAAAUAUACGGUUCGGCCCUCAAGGUCAUCACCUACGUCGGUCAAGAUACCUUAGAUGUGAGGAAAGGGAUCAAAUUGGCUGAAACGCUGGUAGCGGCCCAGAAAGAGUCCAGAAGGUCCUCAGCGAAUAAAUCCAACGCCAAGCGUAGAAUUCCCGGUGAUACUGAUCCUGCUUGGCCGGCGUUACGUGAUUUUCUUGGAAGAACUUGGUAUACACGAAUGUGGAUUAUCCAAGAGUCGGUUUUGAAUAAAAACGGAAUAAUCGUUUGUGGGAGAAUCGACAUUCCAUGGGACCUGUUCCUCGAUCUAAGCAAUAUGAUAGCACAUAGCGCGCACAAGGAAUGCAUUCCUAUCACCCCAUUUUCUGAAAAGCAGAUUGGGGCAUUGGGUUGGAUGUCCCAGCUGAGAAACAACUACCGAAAAUACCCAGAGGGAAUGCCUUUAUUACGGCUUCUGGUAGCUAGCCGGGACUUCAAUUGCUUCGACCCCAGAGACCGCGUCUUCGCCGUUUCUUCCCUCAUGGCUGAGUCCUGUCGGAUCAAACCAGAUUACCAAAAAACCACCAGGUGUGUGUAUAUUGAAGUGGCUGAACAGAUACGAAAAUUCCAUGGCCUGGAGAUACUAAGCUAUGCCGGUAUGUGGAAGAAACAAGAUGUUCCGUCUUGGGUACCCGACUGGAGUUUCUACCCCGAGCAAAUUCCCAUUCAUCAAUCUUUGAACACGUUGUCGUUCGGUAUCCCAAAAUAUAAGCAUAUACCUGCUGACCUUGAAACCAAUCAACUACGCCUUUCAGGGUGCGUUUUCGAUCGGAUUGUUCAUAUUGGUGGUACUUUACGCAGGUCUUUUAUAACAGGCAGGUUAGAACGCUACGAGUGGGCGCAAAAACAGUAUUCACUGCUCACCCAGUAUUCGCUACUCAUCCAGUCUAGUACAAAAUACGUUGGAGGAGGAAGCAGUCUUGAAGCAUUUUGGAGAACUCUUAUCUUGGACUUGGAUCCUGAGAGGCGCGGGCAGCAUCACAGCGCCUUGCCAACUGUCGGGGCCUAUUUUGAGUCGUACGUGCGCCCAAAUAAGAUGUGGGCUCGCGACGAGGCGCUGGAGUCUAUGAAGGAAUACGGACCUGGCAGUUGGCCGAGACUACCGCAGACGCAGCCUGAAGUUAUGGAAGCUUGGAAGAGGGAGUCCAGGCUGGAUCCCACCGAGUGUGGUGCAGAUAAAGGCGAAGAUAAUGUCUUCCAUUCACUUCGACGAAAAGACUCCCAGUGGCAAGACCCAAGUGAUCAAGGCUUAAAAUACCGUGAUCUCGUGCUGAAAGCCCAAAAUCUCUACCGGGCAUUCUUCAUGACAGAGAAAGGUUACAUCGGCAUGAGCGCACAAGGGUUCAGAUUAAACGACCUUGUCACAUUUCUCCCUGGUGCUCGGGUUCCGUUUCUGCUUCGCCGAAAAAAAGAAUGCUCAACAUAUUCCCUUGUCGGUGACUGCUACAUCCACGGGAUGAUGAACGGGGAGAUUUUGAGAGAUGGGCAUUGGAGUGUGUCACCCAUAAUCUUGGUUUAA